UAUUUUGGAGGACUGGUGGAUGCAAGAUGUUCUCAGCGUUUGUGCACUUGAGGUUAUGAAGUUUCACAGUUGUGUAAGUUGCGUAUUGACCGGGUCACAACAUCAAAGUACCUUAGCGUCUUGGAUCCAGAUUUGACGUAAAUGCACAGAAACUUUCCUCUUUCAGCAGAUGAAUAUGAAAACAGCAUUUUUGUGUCAAACUCUGCACGCUCAUCACUCUGCCCAGUGAAGGUCAAACAUCCAAGACAAAUCACAAUAAGCAAAACACAUUUUUGGGUGGAUAAGGUCUUUCUAGAUUUGUAGACCUUUUUCACAUUGAUAUGACAUGUCAUCACAGGAAAAGCAAAGGUUAAAUGAAUAACAUAAAAAGAAAAAUUGCAUCCACUUUAAUUUUUACCAAAAUAUCUUUUACCAGCACACAAUUUGUCUUUAUAGCAGGAAAACCACAAGUGUAAUCACUGACCAGGCUCGCUGACACACUUGAAUGGGACAGGGACAUAGUUAAGUAAUUACACCUGUGUCAUACCGUGUUAAUACCGUGUUAAACUGAGAACAAUGUUAAGAGCAAAAAUUCCAUUUGAACCUGACAUUUUGUGAAGAGUUAAUUUGUUGAACACGACCUCUCAGUUUUACCACUACCUUCAAAAACAACAGGCCUGCACUGAAUCCAACCUUCACCGUGGUAAUGUUCAGUUUUUUCAUGAUAAUAAGUGAUCAUUUAACUUAUCAUUAACUUUGCAGUGGUGAUGUUUAAUUGUAUUGUGCUAUCGAGGAGUUUCUAAUACUUCGUCCACUACAUUAAAAUGGGUAGACUGAUCAAUAUGGAUUUGAUAUAUUUUAGUUUGAAUAUAAAUGAUAUAUGCAAUAAAUAUAUCUUUAUAUUAUAUGUAUGGUACAACACAUGCACUAGCAUCCAUGUGCAUAUCUUAUUUUUACACAUUUAUUUAUUUAUGUGAUGAUCGAUUGUCUGCAGUUCCUGUCACAUUUCAUCUGAACAUAAAAGAUAACACAGCAUUAAAUAACCAAGUUUGUCUUUGUUGGCCCAAAGAUGUGGGGCUCCACAGUAUUUUUGGAAACGGCCUCAGAGCUAGUUCACAUAGUUGAGUUACUCCAAUUUUAAAUAGAUAUGCUAAUAGACUUGUUUGUGUCAAGUAAACCAGCAGACACCACUUCCAGUUUACAUGCAGGAAGUAUUUCUCUUAAACCACGUCAGAAGAAUGGAUUGUGAAACAAAAAUCAUCCGUCGUUGUUGUGUGCACAUUUUCACACUUCAUCAUGUGAGUAGAGCUGAUACAACAGAAGGAUACUCUUCUUGUUGUGAAGGUGGCUUGACACACUUGUAAAGUUAAAGCAACUUCUGUGAAUGAGGAUGAGGAACACUGUCAUGUGAAGACAGCAGCUCACUGUUGGAUGUCCCGGUCCUCAGACUGGACAACACAUCUCCUCCUGUGAUGAUCACAGUCAGCAGAUCCAGGUCUCUUUACCAGAGACUAAACAAUGACAUCAAACACAUGCUGGCUGACUGCUCCCUGAUUCUCCACACUUCAGCCAACACAACAGUACACUUGCUCAGGGAUGUUGAGCCAGUGGUAUUUGCCAUCAGGAGAGGGGAUGUGAAGGCUGUUAAUGAUCUGGCAACAUCCGCUCCUCUCAGCCUGCUGAAGGAGAACAAAGAUGGGUGGAUACCUCUGCAUGAUGCUGCCUUCUGUGGACAGAUGGAGUGCUUAAAGAUCCUACUGAGGGUCCACCCAGGUUCGGUAGACAAACGGACCUUGCAGGAGCAGACGGCCUUGCUGCUUGCUGUGUCGUGUGAGCACUUGUCAUGUGUGCGGUGCCUUCUGGAGACAGGCGCCGACCCCGACAUCAGCAGCAAGAACAAAGAAACCCCUUUGUACAAAGCCUGUGUGUUGGAGAAUGUGGACAUGGUGAGCCUCAUUCUGUCCUACGGAGCCACUGUGAACCAGCGGUGUGGUCAGGGUUGGACGGCCCUCCAUGAGGCUGUAUCCAUUAACAACAUAGAGAUCUGUGAGAUACUAAUAAGAGCCGGGGCUGCAAUCAAUCCACCUAACACCUACAGCAUCACACCACUCAUUGCAGCAGCUCAGCGAGGACAGAUGAGGGCACUGUGCUACCUUAUUGGGAAAGGUGCAGAUGUGAACAUGCAGACGUGUGAUGGUGUCACAGCGCUGCAUGAGGCUAGUAAAAAUGGCCACCGGGAAAGCGUAGCGGUGCUGUUGACUAAAAACGCAGACGCCAACAAACCUGCUAACUCAGGACUGCUGCCGCUACAUGUUGCCGCCCAAUAUGGUCACCAUGAGAUUGUCUCCCUGCUUGUCUCAGUGACAAGUCGAGCCAGGCUCCGCCACAGUUGUAUCAGCCCCCUCCACCUAGCAGCAGAGUACAACAGACACACGGUUGCAGCUGUGCUACUCAAGACAGGUGCAGAUGUAAACGUCACGCUGGCCAACAGUCGCUCCAUGCAGUAUGCUGAUCGACGAGCAACAGCCCUCUACUUUGCAAUUGCCAACGGCAGCACCAAGACAGCAGAGGUGUUGCUGAACGCUGGUGCUAGUCUUAGCCUGGACCCAGUCAGUCCUCUGUUGAUGGCUGUACGGCAGGGCUGUGUCAGCACUGUGUCCUUACUGCUGGAGAGAGGGGCAGAUGUCAACGCCAGAAUACCCUCUCACGCCACUACGUUCCCCGCUGUUGUUGUACUUUGUAUGAAUAAUCUGCCUCUACUCAAGUGCCUUUUGAACAAUGGCUGUGAUGCCCUCUCCUGUUUUACCUGUACAUACGGCUGUGCCGCUCACCCAACAUCAGGAGGAUCCCAUAUAAGAACUGCUGGCAGCAAUGUAUGUGUUUUACAGAAUGACAAUCUGCUUCCUUUAAACUGCAGUGAGCCGCCAGAAAGAGCAACACAGUUCUGUGAGUGGAUCUCAACAUCAGUUAUGUGUGAAUGGGCUGGACCGAUCAUAGACUUGCUGCUGGAGCAUGUUGGUCAUGUUCAGCGGUGCAGCAAGCUCACUGAACUGCUGGACAGCCGAGAAGAAUGGCUCGCUGUUAAGAGGAAGUCAUCGUCACCUCGUCCACUGCUGCACCUUUGCAGAUUCAGGAUUCGGACCCAAAUGGGGAGACACAGACUGAAAUCUCUCCCAAGUCUCCCUCUGCCAGACAGACUGAUCAGAUACCUGAGCCUGGCUGACUGACAAUAAAAUGAACUUCAAGCAAUAAAGGCAUCAGAGAUGUGACUAAAUUUA